AUGAAAGACGAUUGGAUAUCCACUGCUUUAUCCGAUGAUACAGUUGUGGCUGACCUUCUUUUCCGACUUAAACACCACCACCCAGCCACGGCGGCGCAGGCCACUUCGACGGCGGCGAAGGGUUUGAAUCUGAUAUUGAGUGGUUGGGGUAGCCAUAAGCCGAGGUCUAAGCCGUCAUCAAAUACAUCAGUUAAGAAAGCGUAUAUUACUACUACCAAUACUACAAGGUGUAGCCCUACAACGCCGCUUUCGUGGAGUGGCGGUACUGCUUCACCUAGCGAUGGUGCCUCCGAUCUAUCUUCCGCUUUCAGAUCCAAGGGCACUUUCACUCAUGAAACAAGUAACAUUAGCAGCAGCAGUAGCAAAAGAUCAAAAAACAAGAGGCAGACAUUCACUGAACUUAAGGAGAAAGAGAACUUGCUACUAAAUGAGAGGGUACAUCUGAAGAGGGAACUAGCGUCGACUCAUGUGAACCUCAAUGAGCAAAGAGCUAGGAGUGAUAACUUGAAGAGAAUCAAGAUUGAUUUGAAUCUACAAUCCUCAAAUGACAUGGCUGCAGCAGAAUCAGUGUCCAAUCGAUGCUCCAACUUGCUUGAACCAUCAAGAACCGACCGUGCUGAUUCAGUUUUGUCAAGACAUACCAUGGAUGAUGACUUGGCCUCUAGUGAGAAUCAGAAUAGAGGCUUUUUUCUACCUGAUCUAAAUGUGAUGCCCUCAGAGGAUGAAAUUGGCACACUAUGGAAUUAGGCGUGUCAGAAGGAGAAUCAACAACUCAUGUUGUUGACCUUCGUAGCUGUGAUAAUCGGGUAUCAGCUUCUUGCUUGAGCCGAGGAGCUGUUUGUAAAUUACAAGAAGAGAUCGAGACGAAGUGUCAGAUGCAAUGACUCUCCGUUUUUCAGGCUGAGACGAAGUCUCAGUUGCACUGGACCAUGGGAAAACAGCGGGUGUUAUAAAGCCGCAUGACCGAGUUGUUCUUUUCCAGAAAGUUGGUGGUGAAGAUUAUUGAGCUUGAGAAUUAGGUUUAUACAUCUUUGUAUGUUUCACUUGGCUGGACAACAUCAGAGCAUUCUCAGGUUAACAGAAUACAUGAAAAUUGUUUUAUGGAGCUAUAAAAAAACCAGGUUGAGCUCUGGCUAUAAUAAUUGCUCGUGUAACAGGACUAAUCAACUGUAAGUAACGCUUACCAGUUUGGAUUAUAACAACAUUAUCUUUUUAAGGCGA